AUGAGCGAGCUUCCGUAGCCUCCAGUCAACAAAACCUUUGCCCAAGCAACGCACCUGCUAAUUCGAACCGCCACCAGGUAGCCCGACCGACGACUAGCCACAGCAGCCGCACACUUUCCGCGCAAGGAACCUGCACCUACAAAGUGCAAAGUGCAAAUUUCAAACCACAAAACCAUAACCACAAAACCACAAAACCACAAAACCGCACCCCGCGACCGCGCAACACGACAAACCCUCGCAAACCGCAAAUGGCCGACCAAGACCAAGAACACGAGACGAGCCGUUUCCGGGCGCUGCUCAGCAGCCUCAGGAAGCUGACAAUCUCGGCGCCGCCCGGCCUGGCCCGCCACAGAGCCAGAGCCGACGACAGCAUGGAGCUGGAGCCCUCAGUCUUGGUCCCGUACGACGGCUACGAUUUCACCACCGACUCGCACACCACGUCGUUCCGCCGCGCGCUGGCCCAGACGCUGUUCCAGUACCGCGGGCGCGUGCCGGUGACUUUCUUCCGCGACGUCAAGACAAAGAAGGCAAACUCAAUUAAUGACUUCGCGGAAACGAAUCAGGCCUACCUCGAGAGCGUGUACGGCACGGUGCAGGGCACGACGGACCUGGUCCGGCAGUUCGUGUACAACUUCGUCUUCUACUUCUGCACGACGAGCGGGGGCGAGCACCUGCAGCCGUUGGCGCUGCACGCGUCGAUUCAGGGCCUGGAGCGGACGGUCGAGAACAACCAGACGCUGGCGGUGCGGCUGUCGGGGUUCCAGCCGCUGUGGACGGUGACCGGCGAGCAGCAGCUGCAGGGGCAGCAACGGCAAGCGGUGGUGAUCCGCGAGGCGCUGAUGGCGGAGAUGGACGUGGACCUCGAGAAGGUGCUGCAGCUGUGCCCCCGCGUCGUCGAGGAGGUCGAGAUGAUUCCCGAGUCGGUAGACGGUGGUGACGAUGACAAGGACGACGUGGUGAUGAAGGACGAGGCCAGUGGCGAGGACACGGAUUUUCCUGGGGCUCCGGCUUACGUGUUGUCGAAGACGGAGGCGGACGAGGAGGCGGACGAGGACGAGGACGAGGGCCUGAACUUGGUCCCGGACGAUGACCACGACGACACGUACGGCAUGAUGGACAACUCCGUUGUGGAAAUUCGCCAGCAGGAGAGCGACGACGACAGCGACAGAGACUGA